UUCUUUUUUAUUUCUUCUACAUUUUGUUCUUUCUCGAGAACCCGCAACUUAAAGGUGAAAUCAUUCGUAGACUUAAUAAUAUAAAACUUUUUUUUAUUUUUUAUUUCAAAAUAAAAAUAUAAAAUAAUAAGUUAAUGUAACAAAAAAUAUACCAAUACCAAAUUUUAUAUAAAAUCAUAAAAAAAAAGUACUUUUAAAAUUUGCUUUUACAAAAGAAAAAAAAACCCAGUACCCACUCUCGUCUCUCUUCUCAAACACGCCUCGUCUUUCUCUGCUUUGUAUUCGAUCCCUCUAUCUUCUUCCAAUGCGUGAUACAAGUGCUCUCUUGCCUUCGAGUUCCCGACAUACCAUGAAAUCAAAUAAGCAUGAAGGUGAUGAGGAUCGCCAUGUAGAUGGUAAGAAUCAUGGAGCAUAUGAGGAUACUGGUUCUGGUCAAGAUAAGGAUAAUAAUAGCAGUGGUGAUGCUAAUGCUGAUGCUGAUGGAAUGGGUAAUUGCAAUGUAAAUGGUGAUGCCCUUGUUAAUGUUGAUGACAAGGUGAAUGAUCGUGAUGAAGAGAAGGGGGAUGAUGAUGUAGCUAGAUGUGUUAGAGGAAAGCAUGCAGACUGCAUUGUUGUUGAUUGGUUAAAUGGAGAGUAUUGUUUUGAAUGCAACAGCGGAAGCGGCCAGGUUUUGGUCUGCAGUGAAAAUGGUUGCCCAGUUGCUUUACACGAGGCAUGCAUGACUUGGAGACCCAUAUUUGAUGAUAUGGGUAAAUUCUAUUGCCCUUAUUGUUUGUACAAGAAAGAAGUGGCCAGGUUCAAAGACUUGACGACAGAAGCUAUGUUGGCAAGGAAGGAAUUGUCCAACUUUAUAUGUUUGAGAAGGGAUAGUAGGAACAAAGAGCGGGAAGGGGAAACAGUAAGCAUGAAGGGAGCAAGUGUUUCAACAAUGGCAAGGGAAGUGGGUUGUGGUGAUUGUAGAAAUGGGCUGAAUGAUGAUGGUAAAGAGACUAGACAUCGUAGUCAGGAUGAAACACGGGGUGUUGAUGUCAUAAGGAAAGAACAAUCCAAUGAGCAAAACAUCUCUAGAGCUCAUGGGUUUGAAAAUGUUGGGAACGGAGAAAUGAUGGAGGAAGUUGAAGAAGAUUCUUCUGAUAGUGGAGGUGAUGACAUUGGUGAGGGCCGACAGCAAAAGCAACCGUCCAGUUCAAGUGGUGUAGGAACUGUAGAAGAAACACAGGGUGUUGAUGUCAUAAGGAAAGAACAAUCCAAUGAGCAAAACAUCUCUAGAGGUCAUGGGUUUGAAAAUGUUGGGAACAGAGAAAUGAUGGAGGAAGAUAUAGAAAUUUCUUCUGAUAGUGGAAAUGCUGAAAUUGGUGACGACCGACGGGAAUUACGACCAUCUAGUUCAAAAGUGCCUGUAAUUGAAAGCUUUGAAUUUGUAUCACGCAAUUUAGAUGCCGAGACACUCGUCACACAUCAAAAGCGUGACAAACAAAGAGCAAACAAGGCACAACCUCUGAAAGUUGUUUCACCAGAAAAGUCAUCACUUCAACCAAGUACCAGUGCAAAGAAUAUGAAUGUGAACCAAGAGAGAAAAACUGUAGCAGUAAAAAUAUCUGAGGAACGCGCAAAAUCAACUAAGCGGUCCUUGCUCCCAGUACUGGGUACUGAGAAACGUAGGAGACUACACUGGACAGCUGAAGAGGAAGAUAUGUUGAAGGAGUUGGUCCAUAAGUUCUCAUCGCAAGUAAACAAAAACAUCCCCUGGAGGAAAAUUUUGGAACAUGGUCGUCCUGUUUUCCACUCAACCCGUAUUCCAGUUGACCUUAAGGACAAAUGGAAGAAUAUCGUGGCCAAAGAGAUCUCGAAAGGGUAAUAGGGGUACUAAUUACAACGGAACAAGCAAGGUGAUGUCUUUUUGUUGUGAAUAUGUCUGUCUUUGCCGUGAUUAUCUUUUACAGAGCAGAUAGGUGGCUCAAUGUCUGAUAUGUGUAACAAGUAGAAGUUAAAGGUUUUGUGACACAUUUAGAUGUGCUUAAGUAGUUCUACGAGGUUAUGCAGCAUCGUUGACAUGCAGGUAAAUCUCCGGAUUCCCCAACAGGAAAUUGAAAGUAUAAACAGUAUUUUGGAAUAGGUUAGCAGUUAGGAUCUGUUCCAUGUUAUCAGCUAUUGUAAUACAGAACCAUCUAAAAUUAUCAUGCCCUUUGCCUUGUAAGAGUUUUGUUCAUGUUCAGGGUCAGUUUUAUGAAGUGUUUCAUGUUAGCAUCUUGUAUAUGGAUUUGGUAACUUUACAGAAGGAAAAUCAAAGUCCGCGAUAGUUCAACUA